GGGGACUUGCUCAUCCUCGAGCGGGCCGAGGCCCUCGAAGUUCUGCUCGUCCUCCCGGCGGUGGCGGCCGGCGCCGGGUCCUAGAGGGCGCCUCUCCCGGAGCGGGCAGCCUCCAUUCAUCCUCCAGCGCCCUCUGCAUCCCGCGGCCGCCCCUUCCUCGCCCCGUGGCUGCGGCGAUUCUCCUGGAAGCGCCGCUGUCGGCGAUGAGCCGGACCUCCCUGCCCUGAAGUUCGUCCCGGGCAGCUCGCUCGCUCGCUCGCUCGCAGGUCCGCUGGGCGCCGGCCGCGAGCAUGGGGGUGAACGCCGUGCACUGGUUCCGAAAGGGGCUCCGGCUGCACGACAACCCGGCGCUGAAGGAGUGCAUCCAGGGCGCCGACACCAUCCGCUGCGUCUACAUCCUCGACCCCUGGUUCGCCGGCUCCUCGAACGUGGGCAUCAACAGGUGGCGAUUUUUGCUUCAAUGUCUUGAGGAUCUUGAUGCCAAUCUGCGGAAAUUAAACUCUCGUCUGUUCGUGAUUCGUGGGCAACCAGCAGAUGUAUUUCCCAGGCUUUUCAAGGAAUGGGACAUUACCAAACUUUCCAUUGAGUAUGAUUCUGAGCCCUUUGGCAAAGAGCGUGAUGCAGCCAUUAAGAAACUGGCCACGGAAGCAGGAGUAGAAGUCAUUGUACGCAUUUCACAUACGUUAUAUGACCUGGACAAGAUCAUAGAGCUCAAUGGUGGACAGCCACCUCUCACUUAUAAAAGAUUCCAGACUCUCAUCAGCAAAAUGGAACCUCUAGAGAUACCAGUUGAAACCAUUACUUCAGAAGUGAUAGAAAAGUGUGUGACACCUCUAUCCGAUGACCAUGAUGAGAAAUACGGCGUUCCAUCACUGGAAGAGCUAGGUUUUGAUACAGAUGGCUUACCCUCUGCAGUAUGGCCAGGUGGAGAAACUGAAGCACUCACACGUUUGGAAAGACAUUUGGAAAGAAAAGCUUGGGUGGCAAACUUUGAAAGACCGCGAAUGAAUGCCAAUUCCUUGCUGGCAAGUCCUACUGGGCUCAGUCCCUAUCUCCGAUUUGGUUGUCUGUCCUGUCGACUGUUUUACUUUAAGCUAACAGAUCUCUACAAAAAGGUGAAGAAGAACAGCUCUCCACCCCUUUCUCUUUAUGGGCAGCUGUUAUGGCGUGAGUUUUUCUAUACUGCAGCGACAAAUAACCCUCGUUUUGAUAAGAUGGAAGGAAACCCUAUUUGUGUCCAGAUUCCUUGGGAUAAGAAUCCUGAGGCUUUAGCCAAAUGGGCAGAAGGCCGGACAGGCUUUCCGUGGAUUGAUGCCAUUAUGACACAGCUUCGCCAAGAAGGCUGGAUUCACCAUUUAGCCCGGCAUGCAGUCGCUUGUUUCCUGACACGAGGUGACCUGUGGAUUAGUUGGGAAGAAGGAAUGAAGGUAUUUGAAGAGUUGCUGCUUGAUGCAGAUUGGAGCAUCAAUGCCGGCAGUUGGAUGUGGCUGUCUUGUAGUUCCUUUUUCCAGCAGUUCUUUCACUGCUACUGCCCUGUUGGCUUUGGUCGGAGAACAGAUCCCAACGGAGACUAUAUCAGGCGUUAUUUGCCUGUCCUGAGAGGCUUCCCUGCAAAAUAUAUCUAUGAUCCCUGGAAUGCCCCAGAAGGGAUCCAGAAAGUAGCCAAAUGUUUGAUAGGAGUGAACUACCCUAAGCCAAUGGUGAACCACGCAGAGGCAAGCCGCUUAAAUAUUGAAAGGAUGAAGCAGAUCUAUCAGCAGCUUUCCCGAUACCGAGGACUGGGUCUUCUUGCAUCAGUGCCUUCAAAUCCAAAUGGGAAUGGAGGUCUCAUGGGCUAUUCUCCCGGAGAAAACACCACCGGGUGUAGCAGCGGUGGAGGUUGCCCUCCAGGGAACGGAAUUUUACAUUAUGCUCACGGAGACAGCCAGCAGGCCGCCCUGUUAAAGCAAGGCAGAAGUCCCCUGGGCACUGGUCUGAGCAGUGGGAAACGGCCAAGUCAAGAAGAGGACACGCAGAGUGUGGGUCCCAAAGUUCAGCGACAGAGCUCUAACUAGCCGCAGAGAACGUGCAGGAAGAUCCCGCAGCAGCCAACAUUGGUGGGGGGAGUUCAGUGCUUUUUCUGUUAAAUUAUUUUAAAAUGUCCACUCGUGGAAGAAAAUGGUUACAUUUCAAGGGCAGCGUUUCUAUGACACCUGGUUUUUAACUUUUUCAUGUAUUUCACAAAAGCAAAUGGUAAUUUGUAUAUAGAGGACUUGGUAAAGGAAUUUGCUUAAUGUAAAUAUAGUCACAAUUAGUAUAGACCCAUCAAUAUAUUUUUGAUAAUUUUUCAUGUACCACAAAAGUUAAAGUUACAAACUGAUGUUCUGAUACAAAAAUCAAAGCUUUGCAAGUCAGUGUGAAAAAGGAGGUUUUUAGACUUUCGUAAAAAACUUUGUUAAAUUUUUAGGGCAAUUUUCCUGACAUAACUGUUUGAUCUAACAUUGCACUCUUAGAUAACAAUGUUUUAGAAAACGUGUGUCACCAAACUCGGCCGCUGCGCCUUCAGCUACACAGACUGGGUGUUCUCAAGCUUCAUGUGGACCUAGGCUUGUGAAAGUCAUCACGUGUCAAGUUCUCCUCAUCUCCCUGUCUCUGUUUACGGCGGAAGUGACCUUGUUAUUAAACUGUAUACAAAUGUGAAUCUA